AACUAUAGCUGAAAAAGGUCAAAGCGAGAAAGGAGGAUUGGAGAUGGACCUUUCUAUAGCAGAAACUCCACAUGUUUCAGCUCAGGAUGAAAUGGUUGAUUCUGCUGUCUCAAUUUCUUCUGCUAUUCCACUAUGUGAUAAAACAGCAACUGGUGACUCUGCCUUGAUGUCUAUAAUAGAAGAAAAUGCUUUUCAAGUUUUGAGUGAUGGACCCUGGAUAAAAAGACCACGUCUUCUCUGUGAUGAUAGUUCCACUGAAGACAAUGAUUUUUUAUCCCUCACCUUUCCAAAGAAACUAUGGAAAAUUGUUGAAAGUGAUCAAUUUAAGUCACUUUGGUGGGAUGAUGAUGGAAAUUGUGUAGUGAUUGAUGAAGAGCUCUUUAAAAAGGAGGUGCUGGAAAGGAGAGGACCUCUGCGAAUUUUUGAAACUGAUUGCAUGAAAAGUUUCAUUCGUCAGCUUAAUCUCUAUGGCUUUAGCAAAAUGCGACAAGAUUUUCAAAGGUCUGCCUCGCUAGCUGAAUUUCUAGCAGAAGAAAAAGCAGCAUCUGCUUUUAGCAAGUUACAGUUCUACCAUAACCCGAAUUUUAAGAGAGGCUCUCCCCACCUCCUUGUAAGGUGUAAGAGAAGAGUUGGCAUAAAAAAUACACCACCGGUUGCUUUCUCAUUAGAUGAGGAAUUUAGUGAAAACUGCCUAAAGAGUGAGGGAAGAAGCUCAGAUGUUCAGUCUGCUUUCGGAACUGCUUCCAUGGAGGAAAAUGACCUUGUUGCAACUGCUCCAAAGGAAAACAUGCAAACAUGUGCACUAAGAAAGCCUACAGUAAAUAAAGGACUUGCCAGAGCAACUGCCCGAAUCAGAAAUGGAUACGCUUCAUCACCAGCAGCUUCACUGAGGCCAUCAGAACAUGUGACAGCAGAAGACGGUGAGAAGUUGAAUCAGCUGGCUCCAUUCCACUUAUCCCAAAAUAACAGCCAUACUCAAGUCAGCACCCAUGAUAUAGAUUCCACUACAACUACAUCUGCGACUUCUUUGUAUCAUGUCAUACCUCCUGUAUCAAAUAGUCCCUUUGGACCUGUGAUGGGGCUUCCUGCCUUCCCAAACAUGUAUCCAGACUUAUCAGCUAUGCAGGCUCAUUGGGCUAGUUUGCUGCCAUUUUGUAACCCAUGGUUCUCAAUGCCUAUGAUUGCAGCAGCCUCUGCCAUUUCAAUGUCAAGAUCAUCUCAUCACCGAACUCCAUCUUACCAUCACUGCCCUAAUUGCAACUGCACUUCAAACAAUGCAUCUGCUGCCAAAGGCGUUGGACCAAAGCCUACUGAAUAUUCAGGAUACCAUCGAUAAAGCAAAAGACUUUAACAUUUCGUAUUCCAGGGAGAAAGUCACUGACAAAUCUGCAAUGAAACUGUCUGAAGAA